CCGAUAGUAAAGACGCGAUCUUCCGCUGUUUACUUUCUUGUUGACACAUUGUUUGAUCGGAUGGAGGAGAUUUUUCGCUACGCUACGUGAAUAACUCUCAAAUUCGUAAUGAAUUCAUUUGUUUUUCGAGCUCUGCAUAUCUAAAUCCUUGUUUUCCUUCUGGUUUUGUUCCUUUUAUGAAUUAAUUCCGGUAUUCACUUAAAAUUGUUGGCAUAUAUAAUCUGGAUGAUUGUGCUUUGUCUUGCUCUGAGUUUGCACAACGAAAAGAAUGGUCAUUCUUGACUCUCGUUUUUUUGCUAGAUAUGUACGGGUGAUGAUAGUUUUCCUCUUUUGUUAAUUGGGUUGUGGUUGGAGAGAUUUAUAUGAUUAGAUCUUUGAGAAAGAUUAAUACCUAUAGAAUUUAGAAACUGUUUCUUGUUCCUGCUUAUAUUAACAGCUGUCUCAUUUAGUCUUGCCAGACAGCAUUGAGCAGCAUAACAUUGGCGUACUGCUUGGUGUAUGUUAGGGCGUAAACAGGACAUCUACUUAUUUGGAAAAAGAAAGGGAGAGAAAAGUGUUUGUGUUUCUAAGAUCACUUUUAUUUAAUAUACUAGUUAAAUUUAGAUAACAUGUUAGAUAUUAUUUUUGUCCCUGCAGGUGUUUUGCCUGCAAUGAAUAAUCAAAAUUCUUUCAAAGGCCUUUCUCUGCUUAAGUUCUUCUUUUCCCCCUAAGGAUGAAAUUACCUAGCUGAGUGGAUUGUAUCAAUAUAAGGUUGUUAUUGGAUGGGGACUGAUGUUACUGGUGUUGUGAAAGAGCUUCAAAAUCAUUGUGAUACCAAGGUCAACAAUUCAAUAUGUUUGGAGCUUACAAAGUUAUUGAACAAUAUCAAUUUGAUUCUACCUGCAAUAGAAUCAGCUCGACCAGGAUGUUCGUCUGGGAUACAAGAGUUAUGCUCUUUAAACACUUCAAUUGACAAAGCCAAGCUACUUCUUCAGCACUGUGCUGAAUCCAGCAAGCUUUAUUUGGCAAUAUCAAAGGACACAACUUUAUCAAGAUGUGAAAGGAUAAGAAGCUCAUUAAUUCGUAGUCUAUGUCAAAUUCAAACUAUGGUACCGCCACCAUUAGCAGUUAAGAUUGCUGCAGUUUUGGAAUAUCUUAGUCUCACAAAAUUUGAAGUGGGUUCUUCGGAAGAGGAGGUUGGCAGAGCUUUACUGGAUCUGCUUCACCGGGCGGACACCAGUGAAGAUGAAGAGUUUGAGACUUUUCAGAUUGCAGCUCUGAGGUUGAAGCUGACAUCUCCUAAGGCCAUUUUAUUAGAAAGAAGAUCCUUGAACAAACUACUUGAUAAAUUGGAUGGGUCUGAUACAAAAAAGGAGAAGAUCGUGAAAUAUUUUAUGUACCUCCUGAAGAAGCAUGGAAAGAAUGUUAGGCAGGAUAGUCAUGAGCUCAAAGAGAAUGACAAAUCAAGUAGUCAGAAUUUUACUAGACACACGAACUCUGCCAGCAGCACUAGUAGUUCUUCAAAUUAUGAUGAGCCUGGAGAUCAAGGUGAGGCUCCAACGAAUUUGUGUCAAGCUGCUAUACCUCCUGAGGAAUUUGUGUGUCCUAUAUCAUCCAGAUUGAUGUAUGAUCCUGUAGUUAUAGCCUCUGGACAAACAUAUGAAAGGAUAUACAUAGAAAAAUGGUUUAGUGAGGGACACGAUACAUGUCCAAAGACUCAAAGAAAACUGGAGAACUUUUAUGUGGUUCCGAAUUCUUGUAUGAAGGAUCUUAUUACUAACUGGUCCAUGAAACAUGGUAUCAAGGUUCCAGAACCCUGUUCCGGAUGCAGUCCUGCAGAUUUUUACUGCUGGGAACCUACUCAUAGUUACUCCAUAUCAAGUCUGAAGAAUGUUUCUGCACCACUUUUAGAUGGGAGUAUUAGGCACUAUUUUCUUCAAAAUGAUCACAGCAAUGUUUCAUUUAUCUCAUCUGAUGCUAGUUACUGUUCAGAAUCACCCCACGUCAAUAGCACCAACAAUGUAGAGGAUGACUAUGCUCAUUUUUUCUCAUGGAGUGAUGAUUAUCAACAAUGUCAGUCGUUCUCCAACUUCAAUCAUGAAAUGUUUUUGAGAUUUUUCUGUAGACUCUUGGAACUUCCAAUUGACGUUCAAGACAAAGCAGUGGAAAAUGUGAAAAGCCUUCUGGAAAGUGAUGAGGAGAUGGCUCAUGCUAUGCUCUCCAAUGGUUUUGCAGAAGCAUUAAUUAGUGUUCUGAAGAAUGCAUGUGAAAUGGCCAAUGCGCAAGCAAUGAAAAAUGGAAAUAAGUUACUUCUCGCUUUCCUGAAUAAGAACAGGUUUGAACUCUCAUCCUUGACUGAAGAUGCAUUGCAGCUUUUGCUAUCCUUUCUUGAUUCUCAGACAAGUAUAGAAGCUUUAACGCUGUUGCAUAUUCUGGCCCAGGAUCCAAGCUGUAGAUCGGACAUUCUGUCAUCUGGUGUUCUAACCACUGUUCUGAAAUCCUUAGACUCAGAAGUUCCCAAGUACCUUGAACUCUCUCUGAACAUUCUGCUUGAUUUAUCAGCUGACAAGGAUGUAAAAUCUUAUAUUUUAUCCUCUGGAUGCAUAACAAAACUUGCCUCGUUUAUGAUGGAUGGAAUACUUGUACAUCUUUGCUUAAAGAUCAUCCAGACCAUAAGCAGCAAUGAAGAGGGUGCCAUACUGGUAGCCAAAGCCACUGCCUGCCUUGCUUCCAUAUCUGAGCUGCUUGACACUGGCAGCAAAGAAGAACAAGAACUUGCAGUGGAUAUCCUCUAUGCCGUAUGUUCUCAGAGUUUUGAAAAUUGUCUAUUGAUCAUGGAUGAGGGUGUGAUUCCAGCUCUUGUUAAUAUAUCUGUUAACGGGAAUGCCAAGGGCAAGGAGGUUUCUCAAAGGCUGCUCCAUCGUUUGAGAGAUGUCAGGCACAGUGAUCGUUUUGUCAAUUUAUAUAUUAAUCCUGAAUCCGAACCUGAACCGACGCAGCAUUUUGUAGGCCAUUCUGCAAAUGAACGACCGCAUUCCAAAUCUGUCGGUUUCUUUAGAAGGAAAAUAAGGUGGUUCUCAAAACCACAGUCCUCAACUCCUUGUUAGGCACUUUGCUGGACAUUGAGGUAUGUAUGGUAUUCUUGUAUAUAUAUAUAUAUAUAUAUACACACACACAUGUAUACACAUUCCUUAAGCCUGUAUAGUUAGGAAGGAUUAUGUAAAGCUUAUGCAUUUUUGGUGGAAUACUUGAUUGAGAUGUUAUGGUCA